AUGCAAGAACUUGACGCAUUCAAGCAAGGGAUCAUCGAACUCCAGGAGGUCGUUGAUGAGGCUCGUACCGAGAUCCACCGUUUGGUUGAAAAGUCCGACGUGAACAGAGAAUUCCUGUCAAGGCUUUCCGAUGCUGGGAAGCUUACCAGUCACUUCGCCGACCGGAGAAAUCAAGGGACUGUUGCGGACAUGGAACGAAGUGAACGAAAGCUGUUCAUGGAGCUUACCGUUCUCGUAGCCAACAACAGAGCCACGGUUGACAGGGUUGCGAACAACAUACGAGAACGGCUUCCAAAGAUGGAGGCGGAGCUAGAAGAGUUAAAGGCAGAGUACAAAAGAGAACAAGGGGAGCACAAUUUUUUCUCUAGAUUUAUCCCAGAGCAACAAGUCGAUGCAGGAGAGAAUGUCCCAGAGCAACAAGUCAAUACAGAACAGGAGGGCCCGAGGGAGGAUCUAUCACGAGAAGAUGGGGAAUCCCGAGAGGUUGACAACCCCAAUGAAGAUCUCCCAUGA